AUGGUUCCUGGAACUUGGUUGAAUGUAUGGGAGGGUUUACAGAGAAUUCACAGAAGUGGAAAUGAAGUUGUGAAUGGAGAAAUGAGCCACUGUAUCUUCUUCACCGACGACGACCAAGCGGGUGACAAAGUUCGUGUCGUCCGCCAUUCCCCCUUCUUCUUUUGUUACAGCCGCCACCUUAGAAGCUUUCCUGCUGCCGCCGCAACUGUUACAUCGUUGCUGCCGUCGCCGGAGAACUCGUUUCCAUUGCUCCGGUCAUCGGUUUCCAUCCCGAAGGGCUACUGUGUCGUGUGUCGCUACCCCAACCGUCGUAAGCACCGUUGUAGCACUGUUGUUCUUCCCCCUCCAAAGUGUUGCUACCGUCGUUAUGCACCACCAAGUGGUGGUUGCAUCCAUAAGUCUGAGCAAGGGUUGUUGCGGGGGUGUUGUUGCUUGGCUGGGAAUCAAGAGAACCGCUGUGACAACCCGCAAAUUUUUAUCUUGUAA